AUGGGUGAAGGUGACUGGCAUUCGCGAUCUCAGCCUAGGAGUGGCUACCUUGGUGCUGUUCUUCCUCUAUCCGCCCGCCAUUCGAGUCUUUGCUCCAUCAACCAUGUUGGUGACGCUGGGGGAUGCCGCAAUGACAAUGGGCCGUCCGUUCCCAGCGCCUUACCAACACCAUUUCGGCUCGCUGGUUUUGCUGGUGCUGUCGGUCUGCGCCUGGUUGGAUCCGCGCUUGGACCUGAGUGA